CGUCGGCGCGAGAUACUCUCGCGAGAUUAACCUUAAAAGUCGGAAGUAUGGCGCCUCCCAGUUCCAGAGAACCUAAACCCCCGUCGGCGACAAGUGUGGCCGAGUCCGACGGGGAGAUGGUGCUGCCGGGCUUCCCGGACGCAGACAGCUUCGUGAAGUUCGCUCUUGGGUCAGUGGUGGCAGUUACCAAGGCAUCUGGGGGCCUGCCACAGUUUGGCGAUGAGUAUGAUUUUUACCGAAGUUUUCCUGGCUUCCAAGCAUUUUGUGAAACACAGGGAGACAGGUUGCUUCAUUGCAUGAGCAGAGUAAUGCAGUACCAUGGGUGCCGUAGCAGCAUUAAGGAUCGAAGCAAAGUGACUGAGUUGGAGGACAAAUUUGAUCUCCUAGUUGAUGCUAAUGACGCUAUCCUGGAAAGAGUGGGUAUUUUACUGGACGAAGCAUCAGGAGUAAAUAAGAAUCAACAGCCUGUCCUCCCUGCAGGACUGCAGGUCCCCAAAACGAUAGUGUCCAGCUGGAACCGAAAGGCAGGAGAAUAUGGCAGAAAAGCAAAAUCUGAAACUUUCCGGCUGCUUCAUGCAAAAAACAUCAUCCGACCUCAGCUCAAGUUUCGAGAGAAGAUUGACAAUUCCAACACACCAUUUCUUCCUAAAAUCUUCAUCAAGCCCAAUGCCCAGAAACCCCUACCUCAGGCUCUCUCUAAAGAAAAGCGGGAACGCCCAUGGGAUCGGCCUGAGGACUUGGAUGUCCCACCUGCCUUGGCAGAUUUCAUCCAUCAGCAGAGAACCCAGCAGGUUGAGCAGGACAUGUUUGCACAUCCUUAUCAAUAUGAACUAGAUCACUUUAUUCCACCAGAAUCGGUUCUUCAGAAGCCACAACCCCAGUUGUAUAGACCUGUAGAAGAAACACCCUGUCAUUUUGUAUCCUCCCUGGAUGAACUUGUGGAACUCAAUGAAAAGCUAUUGAAUUGUAAAGAAUUUGCUGUAGACUUGGAGCAUCACUCUUAUCGGAGCUUCCUGGGACUGACCUGCCUGAUGCAAAUUUCCACCCGAACAGAAGACUUCAUUGUUGACACCCUGGAGCUUCGAAGUGACAUGUACAUUCUCAAUGAGAGCCUCACAGACCCAGCUAUCGUUAAGGUCUUCCAUGGUGCUGACUCAGACAUAGAAUGGCUACAGAAAGACUUUGGGUUGUACGUAGUAAACAUGUUUGAUACCCAUCAGGCAGCGCGUCUUCUUAACCUGGGCAGACACUCACUCGACCAUCUGCUGAAACUCUACUGCAGUGUGGAGUCAAACAAGCAAUAUCAGCUGGCGGAUUGGCGGAUACGUCCACUGCCUGAGGAAAUGCUCAACUAUGCCCGAGAUGACACUCAUUACCUGCUUUACAUUUAUGAUAAAAUGAGGCUGGAACUGUGGGAACGAGGCAAUGAACAGCCAGUUCAACUGCAGGUGGUUUGGCAGCGGAGCAGGGAUAUCUGCCUUAAGAAAUUCAUCAAACCUGUCUUCACGGAUGAGUCCUACCUGGAACUAUAUAGAAAGCAAAAGAAACAUCUUAACACACAGCAGUUGACAGCCUUUCAGCUGCUGUUUGCCUGGAGAGAUAAAACUGCCCGUAAGGAAGAUGAAAGUUACGGAUAUGUCCUGCCAAAUCAUAUGAUGUUAAAGAUAGCUGAGGAACUGCCUAAGGAACCUCAGGGCAUCAUAGCUUGCUGUAACCCAGUACCACCUCUUGUACGGCAGCAGAUCAAUGAAAUGCAUCUUUUAAUCCAGCAAGCUCGAGAGAUGCCCCUGCUCAAGUCUGAAGUUGCAGCUGGAGGAAAGAAGAGUGGCCCACUGCCCAAUCCUGAGAGAUUGGAGAAUGUUCUCUUUGGACCCCAUGACUGCUCCCACGCUCCUCCAGACGGCUUUGCUCUCACCCCAGCCAAUGGACCUGUCCCAGUUCAGAAACAGGCAAGCCUCUUCUGUGACCAAAAAGAGGAGCCCUCAGUGGAUAACAUAUGCCUUAUCGCAACGGCUGUCAUCACGUUAUUCAGUGAACCGAGUGCUGAAGAAAAUGUAAAGGGUCCAUUAACAGUUGCCCAGAAAAAGGCCCAGAGCAUAAUGGAGUCCUUUGAAAAUCCAUUUAGGAUGUAUCUGCCUUCACUAGAGCACCGUGCCCACAUCUCUCAGGCAGCAAAGUUUGAUCCAUCAUCAAAAAUCUAUGAAAUCAGCAACCGUUGGAAGCUGGCAAACCAGGUACAGGUACCAAAAGAAUCUAAAACCGCCAAGAAGGCGGCGGCUGAGCAAACAGCUGCCCAGGAAGAAGCCAAGGAAGAGCACAAAGCACCGGUGGAACAGUCCAUCUCUGUCCGACAGCAGGCAGCGCUAGAAAAUGCUGCCAAGAAGAGAGAGCGAACAACAAGUGACCCAAAGACCACAGAACAGAAGCAAGAAAAGAAACGACUCAAAAUUUCCAAGAAGCCAAAGGACCCAGAUGCGCCAGAAAAAGAUUUCACCCCUUAUGACUACAGCAAGUCGGAUUUUAAGGCUUUUGCUGGAAACAGCAUAUCCCAACCUUCUUCCCAGUUUGAUCCAAAUAAGCAGACCCAUUCUGGCAAGAAAUACAUGGCAGCCAAAAAACUUAAACAGUCAACAGGAAAUAAAAGCAUGUCCUUUCCAAGUGGAAAGUCAGACAGAGGUUUCAGGCACAAUUGGCCCAAGAGAUAGUGUUGGAUGAGACCCUCAGCAACCCCCACUGGACCCAAGCACCAGACAGUGGUGCUGGUUUUGUACAGACUUAUUUUUAAACCAUUAAAAAUAAUUCUUACUGAAAGGAAA